GGGCUAUUUUUCUCUUUUCUUCUUUGUCUCGAGCUCUAAUUUCAUCGGCAAAACCCCCCAAUUUACGAUAAUCAAACACAAUAAGCUCAAAUAUGGAUCAUUCAUGGCGCCCCAGAGUACCAUCAGGUAAUCUUUGCCCAGUCUGCUCGAAUUCACACUUCCCAUUUUGUCCUCCCUCUUUCCCAGAUUUCACCAUACCACCCCCUAAAUUUCCGCCUUCACGACUGCAAUACGUAGAUCAAUUCUACCAACGACCCCCGCCACCACAGCCGCCGAAUGAUCCAAUUUUUGAUCAUCGUGGCCCCACAAACAAUGCUUAUCCACCGCCACCGGUGCCGCAUAGGAUACGGAACGGUAAUUCUAAUUUUAAUGGGGACACGUAUGGGAGUACGGAUCCUGUGUAUGAUUUUAAUGAUGGUCAGGUUGGUGUCAAGAGAAUGAGAUUCGAGGAUUCGGGCCCUCCUCCUGGCCCGUAUAUGAAUGAACAUCACGUCAAUUCAUUGCGGGUUUUUGCUGAGGAUGAGAGGAGAUUGAAAUUGAUACAUGACCAUGGAGCAGCGAGUCAAAAUUCAGGUACUAAUCACUAUGGUGGGUAUAAGAUUUCCAGUAGUAAUUUUAAGAGGAGUGGUUUUAGCGAUCUGGGUUUUGGGCGCUUUGAGAGGGAUGGGGGAUAUUGUCUAGAAACUGAUUCGAAUAUGAACCGAAAACGUGUAGAGCAUUUUGAGUAUCAGUAUAAUGAAAAUAAUAAGAAUCCAUAUAACCGAACAGGGAGUGAUUUGAUUCAGAGUCGCCCAUAUGGAACUAAUGGUCAUGAAGCUGAUGGUUACAUUGAUGCGUUAUGUAAAGAGCAGAGACAGGGAGGCCGGCAGUUCAACAAUCAGUUUCCACAGUCGUAUACUAUGCAACAACAUAUAAUGGAGCCAAAACCUGCCAAUUAUAGAUUAUCAAAUUUGAGUGGGAUGAAUAUGGGUCCGAUGAAGGAUUCUCUGGUGUUUAGUGGCCAGCCUCCACUGCCCAAUUCACCACCGCCACCCCUUCCCUUGGAGCAGCCGGUGCGCCAUUUGUCAGAGCAUGUCGUUUCAUCGCCUCCAGCAGAAACGAGCUCUUUGUUUCCAAUUCCAGCUGAAUCUGCAGCCUCUUUGCUGUCAUCAAGUACUGCAGUUUCUGAAGCAAUCUCCUCAGCGCCAGUGUAUUAUCCAAGUAAAGCCUGUCUGAAUUCAAGUGGUUACCCAAAUGAGGAAGUUCGUGCAAUGCGGACGGCUCCAUCCAAGACAAAAUUGGUAGAAAGUGAACAGUUUCCUCCUCGGCAACUCUCUUCUGACAAACCGAAAGUUAUUGAUGCCUCAUACAUUUUGAAGUAUCCACAUCGUGCUACCCGCCCUGAUCAUAUUGUUAUAAUUCUCCGAGGACUUCCAGGUUUUUUCAUAAUCUUCAAGCUUGAGUCACUUUUGGUUGUUGUGAAUAGACUUCAAACACACUCUACAGGAACUAUAACAUCUUGCUGGUAUUUGUGCUUCGUCUUAGUGGAUGACCGCAAUCUGCGGGUAGCUGAUUUUGCUCAGUUUUGGGCAAUUGCAAAGAGAUCUGGGUACGAGGUUUACAUACUGGAAGCGACAUACAAGGAUCCAGCUGGCUGUGCUGCAAGGAAUGUGCAUGGUUUCUCCCAUGGUGACAUACAAAAGAUGGCUAACCAAUGGGAAGAAGCUCCGUCUCUGUAUAUAAAGCUAGACAUCAAGUCGUUACUCAAUGGAGAUGAUUUGGAGCAAAAUGGCAUCCAAGAGGUUGACAUGGAUGCAGAAGAUGUUGAUCAUAAUUGUGAUCUCUCUGGUUCACAAGAAAGAAAUGUUGAAAAUUUCCCGGGUCCUUCUAGAAAAGAUCUUCCCUUUGAUUGUCCAUCAAAAGAUGAUCAGAAAUGGGACACUGAGGAGGAUCAUCCUCUGGAGGAAGUCAUAGAAUUACGAAAGAGUAAGUGGUCAAAUGAUUUGGACGAGGAUGAUAUGAGGACAGAAGUGACCCAAGGAAAUUUAAAUGCUCUUUCUGGGUUGAUUCAAUCUUACAGCAAGGAAGGUAAAUCUGUGCGUUGGGCCGAUAAGGUUGGCAGCAGUGGAUUUUCAAUAGGUGCAGUUAAAAUGUCAAACAUGUUAUCUUUAGUAAUUGGUCCUGGCGCUGGAUACAACCUGAAGUCAAAUCCGUUGCCCGAAGAAGAAAAGCUGAGUUUCCAAAGAAGUGACGAAUCAAAGAGGCAAAACAUAUUCCAGGAACAAUUACGUGCUGAGCGUGAGUCUUUCAGAGCUGUUUUUGAUAAGAGGAGACAGAGAAUUGGCAGACUGGACUUGGACGAAGAAUGACACUUGAGAAGACCCUAAUGAAACUUCAGAAUCUUCUCGUGAUGUUGGGGAAGCUUUGAUGCCCCUGCUCCCAACAAGUUGCUGGUCGGGAUCGUGGAACUAUCACUCGAGAAGUAUGUAAGCUGGUCGAAACAUCAUGAAUAUUCUUACACAAUAAGAUGAAAAUGAUUGCUCAAUA